AGAAGAUUUAGUUGAGGAUGAGAUCAUGGUUGCAACAACAGCCAAGACAACAAUAGUCACUGAGAGACCAAGUUUAGAUCAUUCAGCUUCCUUCUCUCCUGAAGAGUCCCUGUUCACUCGUAUAUCACAUUCAUCUCUAGAUGAAUAUGAACCUGUCGAAGAUCCAACUACAGAACAUCUGCCAGCCCAAUCAUCUACUCAAUCCAUUCUUGAAGUAAGGACCCUUCCAGAGACUCCAACUGAAGCUGUGCAUACUGAUGUUUUCACUCCCCUCACCUUUGUGGAGGAGCCUAUUUUGUCAGAGAAGGUUGAAGAUGAGGACUUAACUACAAUAUUUCAUUCAGAAACACUACCUACCCAGUCUUCUACUCAAUCGGCUCUUGAGGAAACUACUCCAGAGACCCCAACUGAUGCUAUGAACAAUGACAUUGCAACUCGCUUCACCUUUGUGGGGAAGCCUUUUUUGUCAGAGGAGGCUGAAGAUGAAGAAUCAACAAAAUUAUUUAUCUCAAAACAUCUGCCUACCCACGCAUCUACUCAUUCGACUCCUGAACAGAUGACUCCAGAGACUCUAACUAAUGCUGUGAACGCUGAUGUUGUAACUCACUUUUACUUUGUGGAGGAUCCUACUUUGUCUGAGAAGGUUGAUGAUGGGGUCCCAACUACAAUAUUUUAUACAGAAACUCUGACUGGCAAAUCUUCUACUCAUUCAACUCUAGAGGAAAGCACUCCAGAGACUCCAACUGAUGCUGUGCACACUGUUGUUGCAACUCACUUCACCUUUUUGGGGGAGCCUAUUUUGUCAGAGCAGGUUGAAGAUGGGGACUCGAAUACAACAUUUGAUUCAGAACCUCUGCCUACCCUCUCAUCUACUCAUUUGAUUCCUAAAAAGACAACUCCAGAGACUCCAACUGAUGCUGUGCACACUGUUGCUGCAACUCACUUCACCUUUUUGGGGGAGCCUAUUUUGUCAGAGGAGGUUGAAGAUGGGGACUCGAAUACAACUUUUAAUUCAGAACCUCUGCCUACCCUCUCAUCUACUCAUUCGAUUCCUAAAAAGAUAACUCCAGAGACUCCAACUGAUGCUGUGCACACUCCACACUUUGUGGAGGAGCCUAUUUUGUCAGAGGAGGUUGAAGAUGGGGACUCAAAUACAACAUUUAAUUCAGAACCUCUGCCUACCCUCUCAUCUACUCAUUCGAUUCCUAAAAAGACAACUCCAGAGACUCCAACUGGUGCUGUGCACACUGAUGUUGUAACUCACCUCACCUUUGUGGAGGAGCAGAUUUUGUCAGAGAAGGUUGACGAUGGGGACUCAACUACAAUAUUUCAUGAUCCAACAACAUCUGUCAUUUCAAAUAUUUCAGAAACUUUAAAAACAAACGUUAGUUCCACCAACCUACCACCAUUUUAUCAACCGACUCUCAGACCCAAUGAUCAGAUUGAUGAUGAAGUAGAUACUUCAAAGGAUUCCAUAAAGGAAGGCACAGUAGAGUCAAGUUCUGACAUCACAGGUCUCAUUCUACCUACUGAACAAGUUAACUCUAAAAGUUUUACUGUGAAAGGUCCUAUUCCAGUAAACUCUAGUGUAUCAAUUGACAUCUUCCCAUUUGAUUGGCCAAGCCAUGAUGAAGACAAUGGUAGUGGGUUCGCUCAUGGGACUGACAUGGCUAGCAUUGCCUUGCCAGCCAGUCCUGGCAGGGCAUUAAUCGUGUUUUUCAGUCUCAGGGUUACCAACGUGAUGUUUUCAGAGGAUCUGUUCAACAAGAGCUCUACAGAAUACAAGGCUCUUGAACAGCGAUUUCUGGAGCUGCUUUUGCCAUAUCUACAGUCCAACCUCAGCAAUUUCCAAAAUUUAGAGAUCUUGAACUUCAGGAAUGGAAGUAUUGUCGUAAACAGCAGGAUGAAGUUUGGGAAACCAGUUCCCCACGGUGUGACAACUGCAGUGUACCUUAUCCUUGAGGACUUCUGUAAUACAGCAUACCAGACUAUGAAUCUCGCAAUAGACAAGUAUUCAUUGGAUGUUGAAUCAGGUGAAAAGGCUGAUCCUUGCAAGUUCCAAGCAUGUAAUGCGUUCUCAAAGUGUUUGGUGAAUCGCUGGUCAGGGGAGGCAGAGUGUGUUUGUAACGCUGGCUAUAUUAGCGUUGAUGGUUUGCCAUGCCAGAGCAUCUGUGACAUACAAGAAGAUUUCUGCCAAAACGAUGGGAAAUGUGACAUCGUACCCGGCAAAGGAGCCAUCUGCAGGUGCCGCGUUGGUGAGAACUGGUGGUAUCGUGGUGAACACUGUGAGGAGUAUGUGUCAGAACCUCUGGUGGUUGGCAUUGCCAUUGCUUCAGUGGCUGGGUUCCUCCUUGUGGCAUCUUGCGUGAUCUUCUUCCUCGCCAGAACUCUACGAGACCAAUAUGACACGGAUGAUUCAGAAGACCCUUUACGAUAUGCAGACAGCGUACCAUCUCUAGAGCGAGACGCUAAGUACAACCCCAUGUUUGAAAGUGAAGCGACUUUGGGCUAUAAUCAGUAUUAUCGCUGUUACCCAGAAAUCCCUGCUUACAGCAUCGGCAGCGUAGAGGCCUCCACAGACUUCAGCAGCGAAGAGGUCCAACACAUUUAUGAGACCAGCAAACUGACCAAAGAGGAAAUCCAGGACCGCAUCCGAAUUAUCGAGCUUUAUGACAAGGACCGCCAGUUUGCAGAUUUUGUCCGGCAGCACCAAGAGGUGCUUGAUGCUAGAAGGGAGAGCUCAUCCAAUUAGAGCUGCAAACCAGGUUGCUCACCGCUAUACCCAAAACACUUGCCUUUUUUUUCUUGAAUGCAAGAAGAGGUCCUCGUUUGCCAUGGUGGACAUUUCAGGGAGAUGUUUUGUGAUGAGGUGAAUGGACUUUUAUGGACAAUUGUGCAGACAUUACAAUCAUUGAAUUCAAAUUGUAAUCUAAUGUAGUAAACACAUAUAUUUUAGUUUUAAUGUGGAUAAUUUAUUUAUGUUUUGCAUGUUUUUUUGUUUUGUUUUAUCUUCACCGUUUUUACUGACGGGCUGAUUUAUUGCAUUAUAAUGGCCAUAUUCAUAAACACGUCAAUGACACUAUAUGUACCGGCAACGCUAUAGAUCUUUAAGUUUCUAUCUUUUUUUAAUGGAAAGCCUGUUUUUCAUUCUUAUGGUCUUUUUAUUUGUCAGUGCCUUUACUUGAUUGUUACUCUUCAUUUAUAUAUUCUUUGUGGAACAUAAUUUGUUGUGUCUGAAAUAUUGACCUACUGUAGACGGAACACUUGCAGAUGGUUAUAGCACUUUUUAUUAGUUCCAUAAUACAAUUUGACCAUGUUUAAUGUUUUUAGCCCUCACUGCUAAUUUUUGGCUAACAGCUUAUUUUCCAUGAAUUUCCAGUAAAUACACACACAAGUGUAUUACAUGUAUUUAAAUGUUAAUGUUAAUAUCCAUCACAGCAGAUUGUUCAAUUUAUAUGUAUAUUUUUAUUGUAAUUGAUUUCCACAUUGAUUUUCAUGGUGGUCACAGCACAAGUUUUAUAUUCAAAAUAAAGUAUAGUGCACAAGGUUUAAUGUUGAUUCAACAUUGCUUAACAUUGUGGAUAUAGUCUUAAUAGUUCUAAUAGUCAAUUGAACUAAUUCAAUGUAUGCUUUUCAAAUCUGUAAAUAAACUGUACUUUUUU